UGCAAGGCUCUGCGAACGCCGCGGCGGGCGCGCGGGGGAAACGGUGGCGGAGCAGAGCCAGCCAGUAGAGUUGCCACCGCCGCCGCGCUGCCCAGCAAAUCAAACUCCCAUGCAAAGAAGGAGAUCCGCUCGAUCCACUCGAUCCACUCACCUCCUGGGCGCUCGCUCUCUCCCACGAAGAUAUGGAAGAUCAAGAUACGGACCUUACUCCUGGAUUCUGACGCCUGGGCAGUCUGCUUUCCUUACUCGGCAGUCUUGGUUUCCAAGUCCUCCAGACUCACCGUUUGCCAAAAAAAAAUAAUAAAAUCAGAAAAAAAGUGUGCAGGAGGAAAGAAAAAUGAAACUUUUGGGAACAAGAUUACAGAUGAGUGCUUCGGGAGAACCGAUGGUGCCACGAUGCGGAAGAGAUGUGUGGCCUUCGUUCCCCAAGUCCAUUUAGAAAGAUGCCAGUCAUUGUAUCUGUAGAAGAGGAGAAGAUCACCGAAUACAACUCUCCAAAGGCUUAAACAGGCAUUCAGUCAACAGAUGCAGAAAUGAAUAACUCCACGAACAUAAGUUAUUUGGAGGACAGAAUGACCAUGCCAAGUCCUUAUAAAACAGUUGAGAUUGUCUUCAUUGUCCUGGUGGCUGGGUCCCUCAGCCUGGUAACCAUCAUUGGGAACAUCCUGGUUAUGGUGUCCAUAAAAGUCAACAGGCACCUACAAACUGUCAACAAUUACUUUCUUUUCAGCUUGGCCUGUGCUGAUUUGAUCAUUGGUGUCUUUUCCAUGAAUCUGUACACACUUUACACUGUGACAGGCUCUUGGCCAUUAGGACCUGUGGUUUGUGACUUGUGGUUGGCCCUUGACUAUGUGGUCAGCAAUGCUUCUGUCAUGAAUCUUCUCAUAAUCAGUUUUGACAGGUAUUUUUGUGUGACCAAACCCCUGACCUAUCCAGUCAGGAGGACCACUAAGACGGCAGGGAUGAUGAUUGCAGCAGCCUGGGUUCUUUCUUUUAUCUUAUGGGCACCUGCAAUUCUCUUUUGGCAGUUUAUUGUAGGAGAAAGGACGGUACCCGAUAAGGAAUGCUACAUCCAGUUCCUAUCCAAUGCAGCUGUCACCUUUGGCACAGCCAUUGCAGCUUUCUAUCUGCCUGUGGUGAUCAUGACCAUUCUAUACUGGCAAAUAUCCCGUGCUAGUAGGAGCAGGGUUAAAAAAGAUAAAAAAGAGGGAGGCCAAAACCAGGAGCCAGCAUCACCGAGUUUAGUUCAAGGUAAAAUAGGGAAACCAAAUAACAACAACCUCCCAACCAAUGAAGAUGGGACUGAACACAAUAAAAUCCUGAACGGUAAAGCCACUGGGGAGCCAGUCAUGGAGAAUUGUGUUCCAGCAGAAGAAAAAGAGAGCUCAAAUGACUCCACCUCUGUCAGUGCAGGCGCUUCCAAUGUCAAAGAGGAUGAAGCAAUCACAGAGAACCCCAGAGCUUCUGUCUCCCAAGUUAAUGCAAAAGUGGAGAGUUCUAAAUUGACGUGCAUUCGGAUACUCACCAAGUCCCCCAAAGGAGAUUACGGUGGCAGCUCUACUAAUACUGCCGUGGAGAUUGUCUCCACCGAUGGACAAAACGGAGAGGAGAAGCAGAACAUUGUAGCGCGUAAGAUUGUCAAGAUGACAAAACAGCCUGCCAAAAAGAAGGCCCCUCCUUCCAGGGAGAAAAAAGUGACCAGGACUAUUUUGGCUAUUCUGCUGGCCUUCAUCAUUACUUGGACACCAUACAAUGUCAUGGUACUCAUCAACAGCUUCUGUUCCUCUUGUAUUCCGAACACAGUAUGGACAAUUGGUUACUGGUUAUGCUACAUCAAUAGCACUAUCAACCCUGCUUGCUAUGCUCUCUGCAAUGCUACAUUCAAAAAAACCUUUAAGCAUCUCCUUAUGUGUAACUACAAGAACAUAGGAGCCACGAGGUAAAACCAGAAUAAUGGGCAGGGGCGGGGUGUGUGUGUGUACUCCAAAUUGGGGGAAGAGAGCUCCAGAUUUUAUAAAACAAUGCCAUAGCACUUUAUGCUCUAGUGUGAAAUCAAGAAGCUGGAGAACAUGACAAGAAGAUGAGAUUUUUGUGCUCCCUCUCCAAUAAUUGCAAUUCAGAGAUGAUGACUUUUGGAUCUGCGAGUCAUUUAGAGGGAAGGUUAUAAUUGAGUAUAAGACCCUGAGACAAUGUUCCUUCCUCUCUCAUGGCAGAAGGGCUUUUGAAUUCAUUGUUCAUCUGUGGGCGCAACCUGUCCCUGGGAAAUUCGUCUGAGUAAAGCUUUUGAGGGGGGUUUGCUUUGCUAAAGGAAAAAAAAAAAAAACUACACAAAAGCAUUUCAGGAAGCAGAACUGAGUAGGUAUAAUCAAAUAUUCCAGAGCCAUUUUCCCGUUUGUGUGUUCAUUUGAAACUGAGAGAAAAGGGAGGGGUGGGGGAGAGACAUCUAACAUACUUCAUGGAAGCUAUAAGAAAAACUGGAACAGCAAAUAUGGAAUAAUUUCCAGUCAGUUUGUUUCUGAAUUAUUUAUUAAUAUAAUGUUAUGGAAAGGCAAAAAAGGGAAAGGCUUGUGUUUAAGGAGUUUGCUAUUAAAACAGGUAGUCCUCAACUUACAACAAUUGAGCCCAAAUUUUUUGUUGCUAAGCAAAACAUUUGUUAAGUGAAUUUUGCCCUAUUUUACGACUUUUCUUGCCACAGUUGUUAAGUGAAGCACUGCAGUUGUUAAGUUAGUAACACGGUUGUUAAAUGAAUCUGGCUUCCCCCCCAUUGACUUUGCUUGUAAGAAGGUGACAAAAGGUGAUCAAAUGACCCUGGGACACUGCAACUGUCAUAAAUAUGGGUCAGUUGUCAAGCAUUUGAAUUUUUAUCACGUGACCAUGGGGAUGCUGCAAUGGUCAUAAGUGUGAAAAAUGGCCAUAAAUCACUUUUUCCAGUGCCAUUGUAACCUUCAAUUGUCACUGAAUUGUUGUAAGCUGAGGAUACCCGUAGUUAUCUCUCUUUUGUGGCUUUAUUAUACUUUGGGGAAAAAUAUACUUUACCUCAUAAUAAGAAUGUUGUUUUUUUUCAGACAAGCUUCUAAAAUAUAGUACAUCGACUUUCCCCAGCCUGAUUCCCUCCAUUUUUGUUGAGCAUGAACUGUUAUGAUGGUUCAGUGUUAUGGCUAGGAUUAAAAUCAUGCUGAGCCAUACUGUGGUUUGUCUGGGAUUUGGAUUUAGUGUGUUGUACAAAUUGGCCAUUGUGGUUUAUAAAUGAUGAUUUAUGAUAUAGUAUGAAGCAUCAACCCAGGCAGUGGUUUAGCAACCAAACCAUGGCUACUAAAGUCUUGGCUUAACUUGAGAUGCGAAUCCAGCCAUCAUGAGGUAAAAAUGCUAGAAUUUUGACUGAUUGACUGACUGACUGACUGACUGACUGAGUGAUUGAUUGAUUGCCAUCAUGAUCAUUUCAAAGGUACCUUGUGCUAUUUGGACCUUUCUCCUUGGAACAGAUUUUUUCAGUCAAACAGAAGAAAAAAAUGGAAAUGGUACAGCAUUUAGUCAUCUGAGGAUGACUUUUGAAAAUGGAGUGACUCUUCCAAAGAAUAAAAUGGGCAGGUUAUAUUUGCAGCAACAAUGGUACAUUGAAUAGACAUUAACAACGAAUGUGAUUGUGUAGGUUCAUGGUUCAGUUAGCAGCUGUAUUUCCUUUCCAUUGUUUGUUUAUCAAAGAUUCUGUUUCUUCAAAUACAUAAUGUGAUGAGUCAUACUCCAUACCCAGGGCUGAAACCUAUAAUAUAUCUUGAAUUCUUAAUAUAAGACAUGUCAGGAAAUAUUUCAUUUUAAGAUACUGUCCUCUUUAUAAAGCCAAACAAGGGAAAAUAUGUGAUCAAUCAAGAUCAGAUGACCAAAUGAGAGUGUUUUGUUGGGAAUUAAUUGCAGGAUAUGAACACCAAAGUGGCCAAUUCUUGCAGAAUACUCUUAGAUGCACCAAAACAAUAUCUAACAUUCUUGGCUUUGCUGUAUGUCCAUCAGCCUCCGCUAUUUUCAGUAGACAUUGAGCAGACAAUCAUAAAUAACUUCAGAAAAAACACAAUUGGCCAGUUAAGAGUUCAACUCUACAGAAUCUUUAAAUCAUAAUCUGCCAGCCCUAUAUGUUCAUCACUAUCUUGCAGACAUGUUUGCUAUUAUGUCAUUAAUACAAAUUCAUGAAAUCAGGUAUCCCAAGCAUCAUGUUGCUGAGAAAGAAAUGUAAGUCCUAAUACGAUCAAUCUUCAUUACCAAGAGAUAUCCUAGCCAGAAUCUACCCCAAAUAGUCAAGGUUGAUGAUAUUAUUUUAAAAGAAAAGCUUCCCAAAGCUUUUGGGAUAUUUUCCUUCUUUAUUCCAGUUAAAUCUUUUUCCAUAUAUCUUAAACUGGAACGCCUAUGGAAAUUCUCAGUCAUCCAGACCAAUUGUUGUCUCAAAGGCCAUUACAGUACUAGUUGGAGUUAUAAAGCUAUUACAUAAAAUUUCUUUAUCUAUUGAGUGAUGAGGAGGAAGGCUUAAAUAAUUCUUAGAGCUCUGCAUAGCUUUGAGAGAUAUUUUACUUUCAAGAAGAUUCAAGUGCAGGCACUCUCUGGAAAUCCUUUGGGAAACAACCUUGCUUCUAAACCAAAGUAAAGGAUUCAUGUAGAAUCCCACAACUGUUCCAAAGCUUUGGAGCUCUUCAAUCACUGCAGGAGAAGGAAGGUUAAGGGGAACUUUAGAAUAUUAUGGCCUCCAUAACACAUAUCUCUUCAUCAGAGGAAAUGUAGGUUGUUUUCCAUAGGCCUGUUGUUUAUCUGAAUCUUCUAAGGCUUACAGAUAAAUGGUAAUAUCAUGCAUGACACUUCUGUAUAUUGAACAUGCUGGAUGACUCCAAAAAAAAAAAAAUCUUGGUGAAAAUGUUUGCUUCCUUUCACCUACAAGUAGCCACGUACUUAAAAGAUCAGAGCUUCUGUUAAGCAGUUCAGUAUGUAUCUGCUGUGUUCACUUUUACAACCACAAUUCCUUCUCAUCCAAACACCUCAGUUUCACUAACCCCUUUUUCUUGCACCUUAGUUUCACUAACUUUUUUUUCUCACACCUUGCCAUAUUCCUAGACAAGUGACAAGGUAAAUAGAUACAACUAAGUGAGAAAUUUGCUUUUCAGUGGAUUUUGAAUGAGGAAAAGAAGGAAAACAUUGUGAAGAAACCGCCCACUGAAUCUAUCAUCAUCAUGUUGGUUAGAAGAUCCAUCUUUGUUAAUUGUCACUAUUAAUAUCCUAGCUAAUGUUACUGUUUCAUAUACUGCUUCUCAUAAGUCUGCUUUCCAAGACCCAAUAACAUAAAUGAUUUAGGACAGGUUGGCAACCACUUUCAGUUAUGGUUUGUACUUAUUUGGGGUUGAUGAAAAGAAGGAGGGGAGGUAACCAUGUCACAUAAUGAUGAAUUUGGCAUAAUUUUCAGGGUGUUGUUUAACUGUGAUGUGCUUACUUUGAGAUUUACAUUGCAGUUUUCAUCUGUUUCCCAUUUCAAAAUGGUGGAAAUUUAUAGUUUUCAACAGACAUGAUUGGAGGGGUUCAUAGGGCAAAAAGGGGACUUGGCGCUACAAGUUGCGCACCUUAGCCUUAUUUCUUUUUGAUACCCAAUUGGACAGUUUCCAAAAAGAGCUAAGGACGCAGAUAUUUAGACAUUCACAGAUAUAUACAUCCUUUGACCAGAUGGCUAACGUGACAGUAGACUUUGUUCCAAUGUUUUACCCAUUUGUUUUUCAUUCAGAUCACAUUGAGAAAUAGUGUUUCUCAUUCUGUUUGAGUUAAAAGGCAUGUGGAGCCUUAUAUAACAUCUCUGACUAAAACAACUUCUGACUCAGAAGCUGUUUUAGAAUCGUUUACUUGGUUUCUCCCUGUGUCUCUUCAUAAUUUCUCAUGAGUCAGAAUGAUAAGUGACCAUAAACUCACCAGCAAUUCAUGUUCAUGUCCAAACAUGCUGAAAAUAAUUAAACCAUGCCAUAGUUGUUAUAUUCCUACUGAAUCAAUUGCAUGUAAUCCAGAUUUGCAGAAGUCUUCUCAAUAUAUCUUCAUAUAAGAACACUUCCUAAAGCAAGAUUUUUUUUAAAAAAAAAAAAAGAGGUUAUAGUCUGUAUAUUACAAGAAAAGAUUGGACUGAAUUCAAUUCAUAAACAUAAAAAUUUCUCAGUACAUACUUUAUUCAGAUUACAUCUUGUGUAGAAUCACUUGAACCAAAAAAUUGGUGCUUCAGAAGCCACAACAAGCUCUCCUUUGAUAAAACAGGAAUGUUUUCUCAAUGUGAAAAAGGAUGAAAGGGACGAAGAUGCAUAUUUGGCUUACAUGCAGCUGGUUUUUGAUCCUCCGAAGCAAAAUUUAUGUCAUCUUCUAAAUGCAGCCAUAGAAAAUGGCAUGCCAGAGAAGAUUUCCAAGUCCCAAAGAUUGACAAGUCUUUAAACAUGUCACUUCUCUGUGUGGAGGGGAUAAGGAAGAAUGCUCAAACGUAAUCCUACUUGUUUCAUUCCACCUCAGUUAUAAAUUGGCUAACCGGUGCUUAAAAAUAAAUCUAAUUUGCAUUGUAAUGAAACUGGAGGCAUGUAGAGCAGGUUAGAGAAAAUAAAACAUAAUAGUUGAUUUUAUUGGGCAUAAUAGGGGAAGCGAAACAGUAAUAUACUGGAUGAUUUCUCCUUCAAGCACUCAAUAUUUAUUAAGAUUUAUUGACUUGCAUUUAACUGGUGAUUGUAUUUUCCAUGCUAACCAUAUCUUACAGUAAGUUCAGUACAACUUCUGGUUGGGUCUGCCAGUGUAACAUUAUCACCUAUAGCUAUAAAAUGUGUACUUUCAGAAUUUAAUAGUGUCAUCAAGGUGAUAUUGGUUUUACAUGGAAUCACUGCUCUGUGAAGGUUUUUAUUAUUAUAUGUAACAAGUAAAACUAUAUGGAUAAGACAUCAGACAUCUUUCAAUGUGUACCUACUUCUUACCAAGCAGCGUGGAAUAGUUUCAUUUAUAUGUUGCCGUUCUGGAGAAGAAAAUACAAUUGAUAUCUAUUCUAGCCUAUUCCUACCUAUCCCAGACAAUGCCAUUUUUUUAAAUGUCAGAACUGGCCCAAGUCAUUUUGAUGCUGAGGUAGAGAACCAGAUGAGAUAGCAGAAGCUAACUACAACUUUUGUUUCAGUUUUAGAUAGCAAGUAAUUUAGGGUUUGUAAGAUAUACCAGAUGACAUAUACUUCAGUUCAACAAUUUGCUCCACUUCCUGCCAUCUGCUGCAAUCAUCUCCUGCUUAACAAUAGGGCUGGUAUUGUACAAGACAGAAUUUCAGAGUACUUUAAUCCCUCUGAUGAGAUUGCUGUCAGGAAUGUUAACAUGCUAUUUCUCAUCAGAUAUUAAUCUAUGGGAAAUUCCUUACCAAGUUGUUCUUUUGAUCCCAAGAGACCCUCUUAGGAUAAAGGGACUAUCAAAUCAUCUUGAGACAAGGUAACUAAGUAAGAUAUAUUGUAAAUUAGAAGACAGGAAUCUCUUGUACUCUAUGCAGUGUGCUAGUGAAUUAAGGGAAGCGACAAUGUUCUUGUAACUUUGAAAGGAACUUGAUUUGGUGAAAUCAGACCAAAGCUUUUCAAAGAAACAAAAAUGGUGGCAAGUAUAAUUAUUUGUAAAAUCCUACUGAUAAUAUCAUUGUUAGAUCCAUAUCUCCAUGGAGAGGUUCAAGAGACAGCAAUCAAGGGCCUCAUUUUAUUCUUCCAGUGUAAUGUCUGUUCGUUCAGUUGAAUGAAUGCAAUUCUCCUGUGAGGAGUUGUAUUAUGCUUCUUACUCACAGGAUUGUGUACAAACAUCUGUUUCAUAUUGAAACACAAGAAAAAGAGAAAAUGGAAAAGUGACUCACUCACGGUUCACCACUUUUUGUAAUAUCUGAAGAACCAGUCAUCAAUAUCUAUUCUAUUGCAAUUAUUAGUUGUCUUCUUUGUAGUUUCUGAUGAUUGCAUUCAUAUGUCUCGACUCGCGAUGAUAUGUGAAAUCAUCGUUUCUGGCACCCAGUUUAACCAAAGCACUUAUAAUCAACUUCUAACAGGCAUAUUAAAAGAUCUGCCUACACAGAUAAUUCUAGACUUUGUCAUAUAUGGGAAAAAGCAUACCGUGGCCAUCUUACCCAAAUGAUCAGUCUCCACUUACAUACUAUCAUUUUAUGUCACUGUCAUGCACAUAUGAUUUUUUUAUGGCUUGACUGCCAUAAAAUUUUCACAUUCAGAGUUUGGUGGGGAGUUAUUUUGUGGAAAGACUAAACUGGGCAACGUGUCCAUGAUAUGGGGCCUUUAAAUGGCACAAUAUCAUUAGAGAAUUAAUCUCUAAGAAACAAAAUGUCCAUUGUUCAAAUGGCACCUGAACCAUAAUAUAGAGCUGGAAGGGUCAUUAGGUUUGCUGGAUAUAAGUAUUUGACUGAAAUAGAUGGCUGUGUAAAGUCUACACAUCCUGUAAAAGACAGACCAUGACCUAUCUGGGUAUUCAGUUUUAUAUGGGUAGCAAACUUGACUAUUCUUGUAGGCACCAAACCUUAAGAGAAAUGGUCACAAAACAGUAAGCAGAAGAUAGCUUUCCCAGGGACAAGUCUGUUUCCAAUCCUGCUCAAAUCCAUCCCAGAGGAUUUUGACACUCUUUUCAUUUUAAUUUGCUUAUCGUCAUUGGUGGAUUUAGGACUGAAAGAAAAAGUACCAGAUUAGACAACUUUACCAACCUUCUUUCUCUUAGGGAUUCUGGACCCAUUCUAACAUCCUUUCUACAAUGGUAGAUCAGAGCCAGAAGCUCAGCCAAGGAACAAAUAUUUUGUCUUUACAGCUUCUCAGCACAUACCUUGGCUGGUAGUCCUUUGGGCAAAGAGCUCCUUUUGCUCAACCUACCAACCGGUUUGCUUUCUACAGCAAUGUGUGUGGGGGACAUGAUUGCUUAGGAUCUGCCAUUAAAAAGAAUUUGAGGAAAUUCUCAGUCCCUGCCGCUCAAAAUCUGGCAACGCUCUAUUGAGGGGAAUCAAUUGUGAAGAGAUUUACUGCUCUUGAUCUGCAGUUUUUGGAAAGGAGAAAAAUGUUCUCAAAAAUACCUUAUGAAGAAGCUCCUAGAUUACCUGACUUUCUGAUAUCCAUUUAUAUUUGCAGUCAGAAUUAAGGCUCGUAUAACCUGACACAGUUCCACCCAAGCUAUUGCAAUUUUACUGGCUUAGUUACAAUAAAUCUUAUUUGAUAUUUCAUAAAAGUGAUGCAAUAGUAUUGGGAAGCUUCACUGCCUAGUUGGUUUGCUAUAUUGUUAUCUAUUUGUAUGAAUGAGUGUAGAGAUGAAAUGUAAGUAGCUGCUGUGGUGUGCAGUGGUGGAAUUCAAUUUUUUUAGUACCGGUUCUGUGGGCAUGGCUUGGUGGGCAUGGUGUGGCUUGGUGGGCAUGGCAAGGGAAGGAUACUGCAAAACCUCCAUUCCCAUCCCACUCCAGGGGAAGGAUAUUGCAAAAUCCCCAUUCCCUCCCCACUCUGGGGCCAGCCAGAGGUAGUAUUUGUUAGUUCUACGAAUUACUCAAAAUUUCUGCUACCGGUUCUCCAGAACCUGUCAGAACCUGCUGAAUGGCACCCCUGGUGGUGUGGUUUUUCUAUUGACUUAACCCAGGUGAAUAGUCUUCCUAACCAUGUAGCAAGUGACCUUCCCCCAUCUCUCCCCAAAAGUGGCCUUGCAUUUGGAAAAAAACCAACACCCUAACUACACAAUUGAUCAACCACAUAAUUAAUUUUGCUGGGAUAAUUAGGAAAGCAUGAUUGAUUGAACAUAUAAUUUCCCAUUAUUGAGUGUACAGUAGAAAGAAUCUUGUUAAUUGUUAUAAAUUGAUCUAUUUUUCCCCCAUAGGCAGCAAAAUAAUGUAGUCACCGACUUCCCCACAAAAUGAGAUUGCUUUAUGUAUAUAUAUGAAACACAAAAUAUGAAAUCAUACUGAAAAUCCUUCUCUCAAAUGUAUUUGCUUACAUAUUUGAUGCAUUCAUCAUUUCAACAAGUGUUUUGGGAAAUGAUAAUAUAAAAAUAAGAAAUGGAAGGAUAAAGAUGAGUCAUUUUUUAAUUUCACUUUCUCAAAGGGGACAUAGUGACAGCAAGUGGAUUCUUUUCUAUCGCCCCAUCACAUCUUGCAGGAUAAAUGAUAUUUAGAUGUCAUGAAUAAUUCCCUCCCAUUUUUACAAUUACACCACAAAGACAGCCAUCCUGUGGUGAACUACAAACUGGUAACAAUAAGGGACUGUCGAUGAUCAUUAAUAAAUGGACUUUCAACAAUUUAUUCUGUAUCUACUAAUGUCAAACUAAGGAGGCCGAUUAAUGCAUUUGUAAAUAUCUUACCAGUAGCGUGUUUCAACAUGACCAAAAAUAACUUGGCCUGUGUACAGUUAUAGUACAAUAUAUCUAACAUUGUUGACCUUCAGUUAGAAUGUAAAUAAAACUAUAUGAAUGUCUGGUUACUCUUCAAACUAUGUACAAGGAAGAGUGCAAUCCUCUAUUUUAUUUUAUUUUUUAAAAAAGAAAAAUUGUUUGGUUUUUUUUUAAAAAAAAUCCUGUUGUUCUUUUACAAAGGCCAGAAUUAAAAAUUGCUGUAAAAGUGAAAAGUUUUAUUACUUGCAAAAGAUGCUUGGACACAUGCAACAAGGAAAAAUAUAAACUGAUUUAUAAUUAGCAAGACUUCCAAGUACUGGCUAUAUUCUUAAUAAUGCCAUAUAUUUGGUCUCAUUAAAUAAAAUAAGCACAAAUUUAUGGUUGACUUCAUGAAGCCAAACCACAGUAAUAUACAUAUAUGCAUAUAUAUAUAAAUAAAUAUAUAUAAUAUAAAUAAUAGCUAUAUAUUUAUAUAAUCUGUAUAGAUAUAUAUAUUAUUUAAACCAUAUUCAUGCAAGAAAGACUGAUGAAGAGAAAUACCUCUGAGAAUCUACAUAAUGUUUCCAGCCAAUCAAAAAUGGAGGGAAGAAAUACGACCACUGUAUUCAAAAGUUGCAACUUCACAACACGUUACACCAGAUAUGAAGAGCUGCAACCUGUCAAGAGGCCAGGGCUCCGACAUCAACGACCUCGUGCAGGGCUGAAUUGAAAAGAAUAUUUUGGAGACACAAUUGAAAUCCCAAAACUACCCUACAUGCAAUAUGUAUGUGCGUACUUCUACCAAGUUGUAUUCCUAGUUUGAGCAUUACAUUAAGAUGCAAGAUAUACGAGCAACUAAUAAACAUGUUUUUGUAUGUGUUA